ACCCGCGAGUCACUGGAAGCGCAAGAUGGCGACGGCGGCAGCAGCAUCGGCUUCGGAAGCGGAGGCUGAGCCCAAGGCCGGGCCCAAGGCCGAGGGGGAGGAGGCUGAAGCUAAGGAGGCUAGGACGAGGAGGAAGGUGUUAUCGCGGGCCGUGGCCGCCGCGACGUACAAGACCGUGGGGCCGGAGUGGGACCCGCAGGAGGAAGGCGUGAGUGAGAGCGAUGGAGAUGAGGAGUACGCCAUGGCUUCCUCGGCCGAGAGCUCCCCGGGGGAGUAUGAGUGGGAGUACGACGAAGAGGAGAAGAACCAGCUGGAGAUCGAGCGGCUGGAGGAGCAGCUGUCUAUCAACGUCUAUGACUACAACUGCCACGUGGACCUGAUCCGGCUGCUUCGGUUGGAAGGGGAGCUUACCAAAGUGAGGAUGGCCCGCCAGAAGAUGAGCGAGAUCUUUCCUUUGACCGAAGAGCUCUGGCUGGAGUGGCUGCAUGACGAGAUCAGCAUGGCCCUGGACGGCCUGGACAGAGAGCACGUGUAUGACCUCUUCGAGAAAGCAGUGAAGGAUUACAUCUGUCCUAACAUUUGGCUAGAGUACGGCCAGUACUCAGUCGGCGGGAUUGGUCAGAAAGGUGGCCUUGAGAAAGUCCGCUCUGUGUUUGAAAGGGCCCUCUCGUCCGUCGGGUUACACAUGACCAAGGGACUCGCCAUCUGGGAGGCUUAUCGGGAGUUUGAAAGUGCCAUCGUGGAAGCUGCGCGGCCCAUAGCUGGCUUCCUUUCCCCUUUUGACCGGGAACAAACCUUUGAUUCACAGCUGGAGAAAGUCCACAGUCUCUUCCGGCGACAGUUGGCGAUCCCACUCUACGAUAUGGAGGCAACGUUUGCAGAGUAUGAAGAAUGGUCAGAAGACCCCAUACCAGAGUCAGUAAUUCAGAACUAUAACAAAGCACUACAGCAGUUGGAGAAAUAUAAACCCUAUGAAGAAACACUGUUGCAAGCCGAAGCACCCAGGCUGGCUGAAUAUCAAGCAUACAUCGAUUUUGAGAUGAAAAUUGGAGACCCCGCCCGCAUUCAGCUGAUCUUUGAGCGCGCUCUGGUCGAGAACUGCCUUGUCCCAGACUUAUGGAUUCGUUACAGUCAGUACCUAGAUCGGCAGCUGAAAGUAAAGGAUUUGGUUUUAUCUGUACACAGUCGCGCUGUUAGAAACUGCCCGUGGACAGUUGCCCUGUGGAGUCGGUACCUCUUGGCCAUGGAAAGACAUGGAGUUGAUCAUCGAGUGAUUUCGGUGACCUUCGAGAAAGCUCUGAGUGCUGGCUUCAUCCAGGCCACCGAUUAUGUGGAGAUUUGGCAGGCGUACCUUGAUUACCUGAGGAGAAGGGUCGAUUUCAAACAAGACUCCAGUAAAGAGCUGGAGGAGCUGCGGUCUGCGUUCGCCCGCGCCUUGGAGUACCUGAAGCAGGAGGUGGAGGAGCGUUUCAGUGAGAGUGGAGAUCCAAGCUGCCUGAUCAUGCAGAACUGGGCUCGGAUUGAGGCUCGACUGUGCAAUAACAUGCAGAAAGCCCGGGAGCUCUGGGACAGCAUCAUGACCAAAGGGAACGCCAAGUAUGCCAACAUGUGGCUUGAGUAUUACAACCUGGAAAGGGCCCACGGUGACACUCAGCACUGCAGGAAGGCUCUGCACCGGGCCGUCCAGUGCACCAGCGACUACCCAGAACACGUCUGUGAGGUGUUGCUCACCAUGGAGAGGACAGAAGGUACUUUAGAAGAUUGGGAUAUAGCUGUUCAGAAAACCGAAACUCGACUGGCUCGCGUUAAUGAGCAGAGAAUUAAGGCUGCAGAGAAGGAAGCAGCCCUCGCCCAGCAAGAGGAAGAAAAGGUUGAACAACGGAAGAGGGCCCGGGCAGAGAAGAAAGCGUUGAAAAAGAAGAAGAAGACCAGAGGCUCGGACAAGAGCAAAGCUGAUGAGGAUGAUGAAAAAGAGUGGGGCGACGAUGAGGAAGAGCAGCCUUCCAAGCGCAGGAGGGUGGAGAACAGCGUUCCUCCCACUGGGGAAGCUGAGCUGGGCCCAGAAGCCGACCCGGGCCUCUCUGGGAGCAGCGCCCCUGCGGCCGCAGAGCCUCCCUCUGAGCAGAAGGAGCAGCGGGCGGCCGCCCGAAGGAGGGAUGUGCCCAGGGUGCUGCACGACAGCAGCAAGGACGGCGUCACCGUGUUCGUCAGCAACCUGCCCUAUGGCCUGCAGGAGCCUGCCGCCACGCUCCGGCCGCUCUUCGAGGCCUGCGGGGAUGUGGUCGAGGUCCGCCCCAUCUAUAGCAACCGUGGCGACUUCCGGGGCUACUGCUACGUCGAGUUUAAAGAGGAGGCGGUGGCCCUGCAGGCCCUGGAGCUGGAUCGGCAGACCGUUGAGGGGCGGCCAAUGUUUGUCUCCCCCUGUGUGGACAAGAGCAAAAACCCAGACUUCAAGGUGUUCAGGUACAGCACUGCCCUGGAGAAACACAAGCUGUUCGUCUCGGGCCUGCCAUUCUCUUGCACGAAAGAGGAACUAGAAGAGAUCUGCAAGGCCCACGGCACUGUGAAGGACAUCCGGCUGGUCACCAACCGGGCCGGCAAACCCAAGGGCCUGGCCUACGUGGAGUACGAAAACGAAUCCCAGGCGUCUCAGGCCGUCCUGAAGAUGGAUGGCAUGACUAUCAAAGAGAACGUCAUCAAAGUGGCUAUCAGCAACCCGCCUCAGAGGAAGGCUCCGGAGAAGCCAGAGGCAAGGAAAGCCCCAGGGGGCGCCAUGGUGCCGCGGCAGAUCUACGGAGCGCGGGGGAAGGGGAGGACCCAGCUCUCUCUGCUGCCCCGCGCCCUGCAACGCCCAAGCGCCACCGCAGCCCAGGCUGAAAACGGCCCUGCCCCACCGCCGGCGGCCACCGAGGUACCCAAGAUGUCCAAUGCCGACUUUGCCAAGUUGCUUCUGAGAAAGUGAGUGGGACUGUGCGAGAAGGGAAAUGCCUUACUUGAUGCUGGCCGGGAAGACGCCCGGUGCCCAGCUGUGCCCUGGCUGUGCAGGACCCAGUGCAGUGCCUGUGACCACACGCUUGCUCUGGUUUAGGUAGGACGGGAAAAGGGUGUCCAAGGAAAAAAGAGGCUUUAAGUGCUCCCUCAUAUUGAGGGCGAGAGGAUGAAAAUGGUCACUCCACAGGCUGGGCGCAGGGUGCAGUUUCCUAAGAUGUGUCUUAAAGAGUGAGAAACAGAUGUGAAACGCGAACACACCGUUUUGAGACCCCCCUUGUCCAAAUAUUUUUGGCCACCUCUGGUCCCCUUUUUAUAAGACACUUCUCUUACACCCUGCACAGUACAUGUGCCCGUCACUCUUUUAAUUUUUAAAAGACAGAAAGGCAGAUGUUAGUAAUUCACCAGAAUGGCCUAUUUUAGUAAAGGGGUGGGGCAAGGGGCAUCACAUAAAACAUCUGAUGGGCUUUUGUUCACGGGGGCGGUGCGUUUUUAUAUUACGUAUUUGUAAAUGACACGUCAACCCACUGUUUUGUUUCCUAAAAGCAAAAUACUUGUGACAUUUGUAUAGGAAUUCUGUGCGCCAUCUGCUAUGGACGUUUUUCUUUGCCUAGUGACUAGUGAACUGUGUCUUUGUCUAAAUACUGAGUUUCAGCCCUAUGGUUUUGUUUAAAUAGCAUUGUCAAGUGCAAACUUAAAUUCUCCCCAUUUAGCUUUGUUUAUUAAACUGAAGUUCUCUUAAAAACUUCUUGUCGAAAGGUA